AAAAAAACAAUUGUCAAUGUCAAAUUUUCAGUCAUUGUGUUGUUUGCUUGUGUGGAAUAAAAUCAAAAUAUUGUAACAAGUUAUAAAAUAAUAUUAACAUGUGAGUGAUGAGUUGUACGGAAAAUGAUAGUAGCCCCUUUGUCGUAUUCUUCUUACCAGCAGUCGUUGGCUGUCUGACCAUACUCUUGGCGAGGCGUUGGGCUAAUUCUCAAACUAGCAAUACGUCUUCAACAGCCGUCUCUAGGCGGCGGAAGAUCAUCAAAGACCCCCUUAUUAAGAGACCUUUACCGCCGAUCGCUUGUAAAAUGGUUGCACCGGGUUCUAAAAAGUCUUCUGGCUCAAAUAAAAAGGGGAAUUGUGCAACUGAAGAGGAUAGCAACGGUUGUGGUAAUGGCAAAAAGGUGAGCCGGCCUUCGCGGGCGGCUGUUGCCCCAGCCCCUACAGUCAGUCUUUCAGAAACAAAAUUGAUAGAAGGUCCAGUUCCUCCUAAACAUAUACCCUUUCCAUAUAUUCCACAAGAUGGGAUACUGCUGUUUGAAUCAAUGACUUUUGUGUUUUUGCUGGUAGCUGCUGGGUUACAAUUUUUGAAUUUGUACCGUACUGCUUGGUGGCUUCCACAUUCAUAUACAAACCAGGCAAUGCAUUUUUACUUAAUAGACCCACAUUUGGUUGCUUUCAUAGUAACAGUGGUAUCGAGGAGGUUUCUGCUAGCAGCAUCACUGGCAGUUUUGAAAUCUUUUUUAGCUCCUAAGUUGAUGCCACAUGCAACCAUUGCUGCUAGAAUGUUUAUAUUGGGGGUAGUGCUUGGAGUCCUAACAUGGUGUGCAUAUUUCAUAAUGCUCAAAUAUCCACUUGUCAAAAUAUUCUACCUAUGCUAUCCUGUGGUGAUAUACUUCAUACUGUUUGGCUUUCAAUCAAGUCCAUUUCUAGAGUUGAAUAACUCGGAAACCCCUCCACUGCAUUGCUGUUCUCAUGACCCCCAACAAAUUAGGAAUGAAGUGGAUGUACUCAGAGAGGACUUUAAUUUAAGAGUCAAGAAGAUUAUCUUCAAUUCUGUCAUGGGUGCAUAUUAUACGAGUUUCAUUCCAUGCUGUUUUGCACAGUCGUACUUGAAGUACGACGUAUACGCGUCGUCGCAGCAGGUGGCGUUCGUAUGGGCGGGGCUGUGCGGGCGGUACGCGGGGCAGCUGGCGGCGGCCGCGUACUGCGACGUGCCGCACCGCGCCGCGCUUCACCUGGGCCGCUGGAGGCUGGAUCUGGGGCUCGCUGAUUCAUCGGUCGAAGUGCCGUCUUGGUGUCCAAACAAAUUUUACGCGCGCAACGCGACUGUACGUUGGCGUGGAGGCACCUUCUACGCGAUAGCCACCACCGCCGCGGAGCCCGCUGAGCCGAAGCACACGCGCUUCUAUGCGGUGUUCAUAAAUCCAUCUACGAUGCUAUGUCUACUGCUGUGUAUGCAGUUGUCCUUAAUAAUUUUAGAGUUGUGUCUACUCUUCAGCUCGAUAGCCUGGCACAAUUUUAUAGCCAUAGUAAUACUAUUGUUCAUUAACUACUACACAUUAUUCAAGAUAAUGCGGGACUAUUUAAUUGCAUGGAAAGUUUACAAAGCAGAGAAUAUGAUACAAGACAAGAAUAACAUGGCGCAGCAGCAGCCGACAAACUAAAAAGUGAAAACCUUAUAAUGUAUUGAUUAAACUCAGACCCUACAAUUAUUUUUUUAAGCUUGACGUUGUUUCUUUAGUUUGUUUAACAUCACUUUGACAACCAACAAAGGAAGUCUUAGGGUGCGGCCAGAGUGCACUCAGAUUCAGAUUCAGAUUUCGAAAACAAGUGCGAGAAAUAAACAGUGUAGUCGAAGGGUACGGCCAGAGUGCACUCCUGAUUCAGAUUCAGACUCAGAAAACAAAGCGCGAGAAAAAGCAGGCAACCUGCUUAGACUACACUGUUUAUUUCUCGCGCUUGUUUUCAGAAUCUGAAUCUGAGUGCACUCUGGCCGCACCCUUAUGGAAGUUUAAUGGAAGUCUGAGUGAGAGUGUAAAUUGGUAUAAAAGUAUAAUUUACCACGCACAAAAUUCGUUAUGCUGUUGUUUUGUAAGAGAUUAAAUUAGCUGUAAACUGGCUUUUAUAAUGUACCAGUUAAUAUUAUUCAUAUUGUUUUGAUCAAUUUAAUAAGUAAUGACAUGCUGUUAUGUCGGUUCCUGCUAAGCUUCGAUCAACAUUUCUAUAGAUAACGGGUUGCUUAAAAAAUCGAAGCUAUAAACUGUCCGCGUAUGUUUAAACUUAUGCAGUGACAUUCGAUUCCCUAUGAACAAAGAUAAAUGUUGUAAAAAGUAGAACCUAAUAACAACUAACUCACAAAGGAAUAAGGCUACAAUAAACAAAAUGUUAUUUCGCACAUACGUCCUUUUAUAAAUUAUAUCUGAUACUUGAAAAAAAACGAUAAAGGUGAAAGAAGGAAAAUGUGAAAUCAACCUUAUGACCCACAAAAUAAAAUAUUUUUGCCAGUCAUUGGCCAGUGAGUUACUUCGCUUUUGUAACCGAAAUAAUUUAAAAUAAGAUCUCACGCCUCAAGUGAGGCUAUAUUUACCGAGACGGAUUUUACGCGCUGUCCCGUUAUCUAUAGAAUUGUUGAUCGAAAGUGCUAAGCUAAAAACUCUAGUCGAUCAACAUUAGAUAUGAACAUUCCAUGAUAAAAAAAGCAAAAUCACAAUUCGUACUUAAUAUAAAUUUGUUAAAAGUGCACCCUUUAUUUUAUUGUCACAGAAUAUGUUGAAUGAGUUUAUCAUGAAAUGAAGUAAGAUUGACAUUAAAAUGUUAUUUCGUUUAUUUGACUGUCCAUUGCUUGAAUGUGUGUAAAGCCAUCCUAGUUUUUGAAUGUUGUUUGGAUUUUUCCGACCAUCCAGUAUAGAUGUGAACAAUGUAAGAAUAAUAAAAACUUGCCAUAAAUCUAUAUUUUUAUUUAAUGUUAUAUUACCCUUUCGAGAAAAUAGAUUUACAGCUCUUGUAAUGAUUGAUGGGCACGCGUCAUUCUGCAUUAGGUCGUGGCUCAUUCUUAACGUUAAUAAAUGAGUGUUUAAAAUAUCACGUCUCACUCUCAAUUCACCAAAAAUUUGAAAAUUCGCGCGUUUUAAGUUGACAGAGAGUCCGACCUAAAAACAUACGAAUAGAGGAGAACGAUCGCUACCUGACGUGCUAAAGCAUU